AAAGUUCUGCUUCCCAAAACCUAAGAAGGAAAAAAGGGUUUUCUCUCUACACUUUGUAGAGAUAAAGAGCAGUAUCUGUGUAAACCAAGCAACCAUCUCUUUUCAUUCAUAAUUCGAUCCUUUUUGGAGGAGAGCGUUGCGUGUUCAUGCGCGCUUAUUAUAAAGGUGGCGGACCGUCGGAGCACAGGCAAGUACGUGGACUAUCCUCCCGCAGGCGAUGAGGAGGAGGAGGAGGAGGAGGAGGAGGAGCAACAACAACGACCCCCGGCGCAGCACCGACUUCCGAACCAGCAGCCAAUGGACGAGGCGGUCAUGCCGAUGUACUCGGCGUAUGGUCGCCCUGGAGAGAUGUCGGCAAUAGUUUCGGCUCUGACACAUGUCGUCUCGGGGACGAGAGGCAGUCAACUCGGAGGAGCGUACAGUUCGGCUUCAGCCGGGAGCUCAUCACGGCUUCCAUGGAACUAUAUCGGGCAAAAGAGAGAACGUGAUGAAGCAGGAAGUUCAUCGCAGUUUUUGGCCGAGCCACCUUCAAGUCAAAGAGAUUACUACGGGAUCUAUGGCGGUAGUGUUGCAUUAAGAGAGCCAUCUACCAUUUCUGCUUCCUUUGCUGGACUACAAGCAACGGCUGUGGCCGCCACCUCCACCGUCCCGCCAGCACCUUCUGGGGCAGGCGUGCCGCCCAUCGAAGGUGGAGAGAGGAGGAGGAGAUACAGGGGAGUGAGGCAGAGGCCGUGGGGGAAAUGGGCGGCCGAGAUCCGCGACCCGCAAAAAGCCGCAAGGGUCUGGUUAGGGACCUUCGACACAGCGGAAGACGCAGCCCGGGCCUACGACGCCGCCGCCCUCCGGUUCCGCGGCAACCGUGCCAAGCUCAACUUCCCCGAAAACGUCAGGAUCAUCCCGCCCAAUGUCCCGAAUUACAGCUCCACUGCCACCGCCACGACCCUCUCCGCCGGCUCCGCUCCUCCGGCCACGGCGGCAGCGGGUCAGCUAGCUCCUCCGUCUGUGGGGGUGGUCCCGCUAUAUCCGGGGGGAGGAGCCGAAGGCGUCAAUGUGAGAGAUUACUGGGACUACUCUCAGCUUCUUCAAGGGCAUCAUCAACCAGCGAGUUUGGUGGAGCAAAUGAUGUAUUCGUCGCAGAUGGCUUCUUUAGAGUCCUCGUUAUCAUUGCCCUCUCCGUCUCCGCCGCCGCCUUUUCCAUCAUCAGAUUUUUAUGGGUCUUCGUCAUCAUCUGGUUUUGUUGGUCCUUCUUCGUUUUCUUCUUCAUUUCCUCUGUUUUUCCCUCAACAGCCCCAAUUAGGAUACUUCCGGCCACCCCCGCCGCCGCCGCCGCUGCCCCCAAACAACCAGGGAAGCGGUGGGGAAGACUUUGAGCCGCCACCAUCAUCGGAUUCAAGUCAUUACCCUUCAUCAACCAGUUGAAAUUUAGCUCUCUUUCGUUUUUUUUUUUUUUUUUUCCUUAUUAGAAUCAUUCUUUUUUGGGGGAGUAAUGGUUUUCAGAGCAUUGUUUUGCACUAUUUUGGGACGAGGAUGAUUUUUUGUACCAUGUACACUACUUUUACAUGCAACACUUCUUUCGUCUUUUGUAUUUGUUUCAGCUAGUGUUCUCUUUUCUUGUUCUUACAAUACAUCGUGCUUUUUUGGUCUUGCUCAA